AUGUGUGGAAUCUUUGCCUAUCUUAACUUCUUGGCGCCAAAGAAGCGCAGCGAGGUCAUCGAUAUUCUUCUUCAAGGCUUGCAACGAAUGGAAUACCGAGGAUAUGACUCUGCUGGAAUUGCAAUUGACAGUAGCAACGAUGGGUCAAAGCCACACGGCGACGUCAUGUUGAUUCGAAAGGCGGGCAAGGUGAACGUGCUGAUUGAUGAGGUCCACGGGCAGAAAGACAUCGACAUGGAAAUGGUCUACAAUAUCCACGUGGGAAUCGCGCACACGCGUUGGGCCACACACGGAUCGCCACGGGAUGUCAACUCCCACCCUCAACGGAGCAACUCAAAAAACGAGUUUCUUGUCGUUCACAAUGGUAUCAUCACCAACUACAGAGAAAUCAAAGAGUACCUACUCAAAAAGGGGCACGUAUUUGAGUCCGAAACUGAUACUGAAGUGAUAGCCAAGUUGACCCAACACAUCUCCGACCGCUACCCGGAAUUCUCUUUCCGUCAAUUGGUGGAGACUGUCAUUCAACAACUGGAGGGAGCGUUUGCCCUUGCCUUCAAGUCAAGCCGCUUCCCUGGUCAGUUGGUUGCGUCUCGCCGCGGUUCUCCUCUUCUCGUUGGAAUCAAGAGUUCAAAUCGGCUAUCAACGGAUCGCUUCCCUAUUUCCUACUCAAAGGCUCACCGCUUCGCGUCGUCUCAGGCGACGCACUUGCGUAGCAAGCUUGAUGCAAGCUUUGUUGGAACACCCACUGUCCUUGAUUUAAGCACAAGCAUUAUCCAGAAUGAAGUCAAGAGUGCUGAUGAUCGUCAUUCUUCAAUGUCGAGUGUUCGUCCAUUCGAUUCCAAUGACUGGGAGGUCGAAUACUUCGUUGCAUCCGAUGCUGCGGCCAUAAUUGAACACACCAAACAAGUGCUUUACUUGGAGGAUGACGACGUUGCUUUCGUUGAAGAUGGGGCUCUGACUAUUCACCGCAUCAAACGCGGCUCCAAUGAUAAAGAGACGGCUCAAACACGUGAAGUACAUUCACUUACGAUGGAGCUUCAACAAAUCAUGAGGGGUGAUUUCAAGACUUUCAUGCAAAAGGAAAUCUUCGAGCAGCCCGACUCUGUGGUUAACACUAUGCGUGGACGGGUGCUUCCAUCCGGGCAAGUCGUGCUGGGAGGAAUCAAGGAUUAUGUCAAUGACAUUCGCCGGUGCCGCCGUCUUAUCAUGGUUGCUUGUGGAACUUCGUACAACUCGGCGAUUGCUUGCAGACAAAUCAUGGAGGAGUUAACGGAACUGCCCGUUGUUCUUGAACUUGCCUCAGAUUUCCUUGACAGGCAAACUCCAAUCUUCCGUGAUGACGUUUGCUUCUUUAUUUCUCAAUCUGGUGAAACAGCGGAUACUUUGAUGGCGCUUCGUUAUUGCAAGCCACGAGGAGCUUUGCUGAUUGGAGUCACAAACACAGUUGGAUCGUCAAUUUGUCGUGAAUCUCAUUGUGGAAUUCACAUAAAUGCUGGACCAGAGAUUGGAGUUGCCUCUACAAAAGCCUACACCUCGCAAAUCCUAUCAUUGAUCAUGUUUGCACUCGUCUUGUCUGAAGAUCGCAUUUCAAUGGUGGAUCGUCGACGAGAAAUUAUUGAUGCUCUCAACAAGUUGCCAGAGUUGAUUCGUGCCGUUUUGAAGCUGGAUUCGGAAGUUCUACAAAUCGCCAAGGAAAUCUACAAGGAGAAAUCACUUCUCAUCAUGGGAAGGGGAUUCAACUUUGCAACUUGCCUGGAAGGAGCACUCAAAAUCAAGGAGCUUUCGUACAUGCACUGUGAAGGAAUCAUGUCUGGAGAACUAAAGCAUGGGCCGCUUGCAAUGGUCGACGAAAAUCUUCGCAUUGUCAUGAUCAUUUGCAAGGACCAUGUUUACAAGAAAUCGCUCAAUGCCUUGCAACAAGUUUGCGCUCGUGGUGGUGCUCCAAUUAUCAUUGCUGAUGAAAGUGUUGCAAAAGAUGAUUUGGCGGAUAUGCCUCAUGUGCUCCGAAUUCCAAGGACCGUCGAUUGUGUGCAGAACAUCUUGACCGUGAUUCCAUUGCAGCUCCUCUCGUAUCACAUUGCCGAACUCAAUGGACAAAAUGUUGAUCGGCCAAGAAACCUUGCCAAGUCUGUCACCGUCGAG